AGACGAGACCGGCCCCUUCCGUUUACGUAACCCAGCAAGAUGGUGGCGCCCAGUGCGUCCCAGCACCUGGUGAGGCCAGUGUGGAACUGGGGAGCCAGGAGUGUCCGUGGCCUGAGCAGUGUGCGUGCCCCCGAGGGCAGUCAGAAGAAGGGGUGGACGCUGCUGCAGUCCCUGAGCGAUCGCUUCUCUGACGUGAAGUUCCUGAGGGAGUACCUGCUUCAAAGGCAGAUAGCAAAGGUGCACAAGAAAAACAGGUCCUUUGCCCACCUCCAGAAUCGCUAUGGCCCGGACAUCGCUGGCGCCUGUUUCAUCCUGAAUCUGGGCGGCUCAGUCAAGUUCCAGGGCCAUGAGUGGUUGGGCUUAAAGGGGCAUGGCCGCUCCUCCCUUGACAUCAAGAAGCUGCAGACAGUGCAUGUGGAGGCCGUGGACGCCAGUGGCUGUGCCAUCAACUACCAAGGCCUGGACAACCUCAUGUCCCUGAGGGCGCUCCAGUCCCUGUGGCUGCAGCGCUGUCCCCACAUAGAUGACUGGUGUCUCAGCCGCCUCUACCAGCUGGCCGACUCGCUGCAGGAACUCUCGCUGGCUGGGUGCCCCCAAGUCUCCGAACGGGGCUUGGCCUGCCUCCACCACCUCCAGAACCUCCGCCGGCUGGACAUCUCGGACCUCCCGGCCCUGUCCAGCCCCGGCCUAACGCACAUCCUGGUGGAGGAGAUGCUGCCCGACUGUGAGGUUGUGGGGGCUGGCUGGGCCCAGGAGCCUUCUGGGGGCACAGCCAAUCCCUCUCCUGCCUGUGCCUCGGCCCCCUCCCCCUCCAGCUAGGCUGCAGGUAUAGACAGGUUGAACGCCACUGGCGUCCUGCUGAUGGAAAGGCUGAAGCAUGCUGGUAUAGACAGUGCCUGGACUGACUGUUUCCCAUGUUCGGGCUCCCGGUGGGAUUCACUCAGCCUGGAGUCGGAGCAGGUCGGAGGAGGGAAAGCCCAGUGUUCCCCACCUCCUCAGGCUGCCUGGAGGUGGCACCCCAAGUUCAAGGCCCUGCCCUCCUGUUGGGCAGCCUCUUCCAUGCUCCUCCUUUCCAUCUUCCUCCUCUCUGACCUGGGGUGGGAGGGUGAGGGCCCCUGUUAUGUAGUCCUCAGAGCUGCAGGCUCCCUGGGGGUCCCCCCAACUCUGCAGUUCUAGAUUUGGCAACUCUUGAGCAUCCUCACCUGGCCUGUGCAGAAAGCUGCUCCCAUGAAGGGCUGCCCAUCCCCAGCACGGCAUCCCCGGCCCACACUCGCCAGGCACCAGGGCGCCCCAAGUCCCGUGGCGUUGUCUCUUCCUGAUUCACUGACUCUGGCUCCAAGCUCAACUUCCUGGACCACUCUGUGAAAAGUGAUCUGGAUUCUUCUGUGCCAAGUGGUCUGGCCAGCUGCCAGCAGAGGGCGCCAGAAGGCCAGGCUUCCUGGUGCCAGCCAGGGAGGUGUCACUGGGCCUGCAGGGCUGGUGCCCGGUCCCGGUCCCUGAGUACCAGGAGUACCAGGCCAGGCGGCUCACAGCUGCCCCUGGCACUCUAGUGAGGCCCCUUACCAGUGUACCCUUCGUUACUUCAGUUUGCUGGUACCGUUGGCUAAUUCGGUCUAUUAAACUUGAUAUUAUUAAACUUGUAACUGCCCUGUUGCAGCUCCAA